UAAUCGGUUUAAACUGGUAGUCCCCCUGAGUGUAGCUGAGCCGGGCUGAACGCAUCUGUCCAGUCCCCGCUGGAGUUACCAUAGGCAACAGCGGGCAGCGCCUCUGGAGUAAAGACCAGCGCUGUGGAUGAGGUUUCAUUCAGAAUAUCCAGAGAAGUGCCAAUUUGCUCGAUAUGGGACAAAGAUGAUCAGCAUUGUGCUUCCCUAAAGUGCCGCUAUGCUACCAGGUGUUGGAGUUUUUGGCACUGGGACCACAGCCAGAGUGCUUGUCCCAUUGUUGAAAUCUGAGGGGUUUGAGGUCCAUGCUCUCUGGGGACGAAGUGAAGAGGAAGCAAGCUGCUUAGCAAAAGAGCUCGACAUUCCAUUUCACACAAGUCGAUCUGAUGAUGUUUUGCUGCAUCAAGAGGUUGACCUGGUUUGUAUCUCUAUUCCACCGUCAAUGACGAGGCAGAUUGCCGUCAAAGCGCUAGGUAUUGGAAAAAAUGUGGUCUGUGAGAAAGCUGCAACUGCUGUGGACUCAUUCAAGAUGGUGGCUGCUGCCCGGUAUUAUCCUCAGCUACUCAGCAUAAUGGGAAAUUCACUGCGUUUCCUCCCAACAUUUGUAGCAAUGCAAAAGUUGCUGGUGGAGGGAUAUGUGGGAGAGCUGCAGGUGUGUGACAUCCGAGUAUAUGGACCCAGCCUCUUGGAUGAGUCAUAUGGCUGGACAUGUGAGGAGCUAAUGGGAGGAGGUGGUCUACACACCAUUGGGUCAACAAUAAUUGAUCUUGUAAGUUUUUUAACUGGGGCCAGAGCCCAUCGUGUGCACGGUCUUCUGAGGACUUUUGUUCAACAGAACAGUUGUAUUAGAGGUAUUCGUAGAGUCACUAGCGAUGACUUUUGCUUUUUCCAAAUGUUGAUGAGUGGAAAAGGGUCCAGCUCAAGUGGAGUAUGUUGCACUGUAACAUUAAAUUUUAAUAUGCCAGGGUCAUUUGUACAUGAGGUCAUGGUAGUGGGAUCAGCUGGGAGGUUAAUUGCAAGAGGAACAGAGCUUUAUGGUCAGCGAAAUGGAAGUAAAAAUGAAGAGCUUUUGCUUGGAGACAAUGGCUGGAAUGGGCCAGAGGUGAAAGUGAUGUCCCUGCCUCAGAUCCAGGGGUUGAGCUCAAUGGUGAAGGCCCUAAGACAGUCCUUUCAGGCCCAUGAGGAGCGCAGGUCUUGGGCUCGUGGACCUAUGGCCAUAGCACCAACAUUUGAGGAUGGGCUGUAUGUGCAGACAGUGGUGGAAGCAAUAAAGCGGUCGAGCACCAGUGGUGAAUGGGAGUGUGUAGAGAUCAUGAGGGAAGAGCCAGACCCCAACCACAACCUGUGUGAAGCUCUGCAGAGAAAUAAGAUGUAGAUUACUACUUCAGCGUCUAUUACACUGGCCUUGGCCUAGAAUGUAGUUUUGGUUUAAAUCAGCUGCUUAGCAAAGGUAGUUUACACAUGAAUACUUUAUACUUUUUUAUUAUAAAGCUUUACACAUUGGAGCCAGUAUACUAUCAAUUACCUGAUAGUAUGUAGGCAUACACUACAUAUUUGUAACAAGCCUCAAUUCUAAAUUUAACAAACCUUAAAGAAAGUAAUUUGCAUUGCUUUUUAACGAUUUUAAAAUCAAACAUUUUCACAGUCAGUUUGAUGUUAUGUGAGGACUGCGGUCAUACAAUUAACUUAUCUGAUGUCAAAUAACUUCUCAACAAAUCAAAAAAAAAAAAAAAAAUAGAUAACUGGUUUUACUUGCCUUUGUAUCAACAUGGUGAAAAAUCUGCUGACAGUUCCAAGGGUUUUUCAGAUAAGCUGAGGAAAAGAAAAAGGAGUAAAGAGCUAAUUUACAUAUCAUUUUAUUUGGCUCCUUUGGGUUUACCUGGGCUGUGAUCUUUUUUUUUUUAAAUGUAUACAUUUAGUGAGCACGUUGGUAAUUCCAUUAUGUUUUCAAAUUCUAUGUUUUUUUUUUUUUUUUUUGUAAUUUAUAUUUUGUGUUAUUUAUGUUUUCUAAGCUAUUUUAUUGAGUAAACCUUGAGAGAAAAGUACAACCACUGGAUUGUACCUGCCAAUGUGUUCUAAUGUGCUCACAUCAAAAUUAAGCAGUUUGCCCUAUUUCUGGAUGGAUGGUUCUGGAUCUGUGUUGCUUCUCCAGUUUGAACAUGCACACUUACCUCAUUCACAGUAGUGCUUUACAAAACCUUGAUAAUAGCAUAACAUUAAACUUCUGCAGGGUGCUUGUAUAUCUAUCUUGAAAGUAAAUCUAACUCAUACUGUACAUUUGUUUGCACUGAUGCACAUUUUAAUAAAAGUGCAGCACGAACAGCUCACUGCUAAAUAUGUGUAUUUAUUUGUCAUGGUGAACAGAAAGUUUUAUUAAUUUGAUGCAAGCUUGAGCAAGUGGUGCUAUUUUUCUUGUAUUGUAAUUGAAAUUAAAGCUUUUGUUGUAUUAUGUAAACAUUAUUUUUAAUAAAUUCACUUGACUAGUA